AUGCCCCAAAACCCACCCCCUACCAUGCCAGACGUUUCCAGUGGAAAGUAUGGAUGUACGGUGCACGAACUACAGGAGAUGAUGCAACUGCGAGGGGUCGAGGCUGUCGAUUAUGUUAAAUCAAAAUACGGUGGUAUCGAUGGACUAUGCAAACGAUUGAGAACCUCCCCUCACAAUGGCCUACCCAGCUCUGAAGUCGCCGAGCACGCACAAGUCUUCGGUUCCAAUGUUAUCCCUCCCAAGCCGCCAAAAACCUUCCUCCAACUUAUGUGGGAGGCCCUACAAGAUGUUACCUUAAUAGUACUCAUGGUAGCUGCCGUGGUCUCACUGGCACUUGCGCUGUACAGCAAAUGUAAGUUUCUCUUGUUUCUUUUUUCCCCAUUAAAUGAAUUUUACAUGCAAGUUAUGUAUCGUUUUCCGCGGAGUUAUUGCCACUGA